CUGAGGGCAGCCUUUAAAGCUCCGCCUCAGGUGACAGACCUGAAAGUCAGUGAAGCUGAGGGUUUGUGUGUGUGUAUAUAAAGUGUGAGUGUAUAAAUAAUUGUGUAUGUGUGCGCCUGCAUGAGGGCUUUCACUUACUAACAAGAGGAGAAAAUCACACAUCAGCAUGCUGUUAGAGCUCUUCAUCACUCUCCUCCUCAUCCACAGCCAGGUGCUGGGGGACAGUUCCUCUGAAGAAGAUGAGGAUGAGCAUGAAAAAAGCUCAUCCAAUAGCGGUCACUGGGGUUAUCAUAAUCAGGCAUCAUGGCUGAGCAAUUUUGCGGACUGCAGUGGAAAAUCUCAGUCUCCUAUUGACAUCGUGACUAAAGACGUGACCUAUGAUCGUAGUCUACCUGCUAUAAUACUAGACGGUUAUGAUCUGAGUGGUCGCCCAGAACUGAGACUGCAAAACAACGGUCACACUUUGCAGCUGCAGUUGCCCAACACCAUGCGUAUAGUACAAGGGUUUGAACAGAUCUACUUGGCAGCCCAGCUGCAUUUCCACUGGGGGAACACAAAAGUUCCUGGUUCAGAACACACCAUUGAUAACAUUCACUUUCCUGCAGAGAUCCAUGUUGUUCAUUAUAACUCAAAAUAUUCCAACCUCAAAGAAGCUGCCAGCAAACCAGAUGGACUUGCUGUGUUAGGAGCCUUCAUUGGGAUUGGUCUUCACGAGAAUAAAAACUAUGAAAGAAUCCUGUCUGUAAUUAAAGAUGUUAGCUCUGAGGAGACGGACACUAAUAUCCCCAGUUUUAAUGUCCGCCACCUUCUGCCAAACAGUCUGGAGAGGUUUUACAGAUACUCUGGGUCUCUAACGACUCCACCGUGUUUCCAGUCAGUGAACUGGACAAUAUUCAAUGACACAAUCACAGUCUCAAGGAAACAGCUCGCUGCUCUGGAGGAGACGCUGAAAGGUGGACACAACCAGAGUUUAUCCAAAAACUUCAGAGGGUCACAAAAUCUUAACGGAAGACAAGUCCUGGCGUCUUUCCAUGAGUCAAAAUCUGGAUACGGUAGGUCAUCUGAGACAGACAAGUACUCAACAACAACAGCAAAUGGUUCACAGGAUGGACUGUCUAGAGGUGAUAUCUUGGCUAUUGCCUUUGGACUCUUGUUUGUGUUGACUUUGCUCCUUUUCUUCUUGUACGCUUAUCAACAGCGGCAAAAACACUCAAAAUCUAAACCUGACUCCAGACAAAAUGUUAUUUAUAAACCAGCGACCAAGGAUGAAGUGUAGACCUGCUACGUGUGCUUUGAUGUCAAACACAAAAGCUGAUAUUUAAACUGAAAAACGUUUUUGGAGUUGCUGUAAAGACACCAGUGAAUGUUAAACAAAAACCAGUAUUUUAACCCCCAGAUUAACACUCCUCACUCCUGUAACUGCCACCUUUAUUGUACUUUCUACGUAACAUCAUUUAAGAACAAUUACAUUUGCAGUUUUUCAGGUUUGCAGCAUUUGGUAGACCCUCAUACAGAGGGACUUACAUUCAUCUCAUUUAUACAACGGAAUAGUUCAGGACUUUUCUCAGGGGCCCAGCAGAGGCAGCUGGGAUUUAAACUCAUGACCUUCUGAGUAGUAACUCAAUGCCUUAAUCAUCGAGCUACCACUUUCCCAUAUGUUAAUGGGUUUAAAAAAAAAGACACCUUAAUGCUUGUGGGUUUUUUAUUUAGAAAGUGGUGUUUCACUGAGAAAACAGACCAUUCUUCUGAAGUUUUCUAUUUUUUGCUGUAUAUAAAUGUACUUUAUUAUUGAAUGUUGGAAAAUGGCACAGUCUUAUCCAUCACCUAUUUAUGACCAUUUCUACUUUCUUUUUUGUGCCAUGUUUAAAUUAAGCACCCAAUUAACAGAUGAUAAUCCUGUUAUCAUAUUGUUCAUAUUAUUAAUGGUCUAUGAUAACAAACAAAAAUAACAUUGAUUCGGUAAGAAUGUAAAUUUAUCCAGACAAAUAAAAUGCCUUCAUGUUUCUAA